AAUGUAGAUGAAAUCUAAACAGAGACGAGAAUAUACAAAAAAAUGGUUCAAUAUAUCUGACAAAACAGGUGUCACUGACAUACAAGAAAGCUCGUUUCGCCUGUCACUAGAUCUAUAAAAUUGAAUACAAAACUACUUCAUUGACGCUUACCAUGUCACCGACUAUUGUUCAAUAAUGAACUCGAGAGAGAAGGGCUGUGCUUGCGAAAAGAGUUGAGGGUUAAACGAGCUUGAACCUUGGAUAGAAUCAUUCUUGAGACUUAUUAUUUUUUAUGUAAUUAUCAAAGCAAAGAUGAGGAUGAGCUUGCUCUGUGGCCUUGCCACCAUCUUGAUGUGUUCUACACUGGCCGCCCCCAUAGAGCUCAGUUCAGUGUCAGGCGACGACAUCGUAGGAAGUCUGGGCGAUUCCAAGAGUUUCAAGUUGGCUGUGACCAGAGGAAUCGAGCAAGGCAUAAAAGACGCGCUUUCCAAAGGGUUAAAGGACUUAAAACAUUUCCAGAAUGUGGACUUCCAAAACGCCAGUGAAGUGGAAGAGAGAUUUAAGACUAUACCGUGUGACUCGGGUGUAUGUGAAGCUUGCUUUGGAUUUCCUUCCGAAUGGAUACAUCUCUGUGAGAACCAUUGCGAGAUCAACUGUAAGGCUUAUCCCAAACAAGAGGAGUCGGAUACCCCGUCCACCAGACAGAGGAGAACACCGAUGCUGUGCUUGAGCGUGCUGGACGUGAAAGACUACGGAGGAUGUGCAUACAACUUACAGCCAGGUUUAAUCUCAGGUUGCCCGAAUGUUGCAACCCCAGCUCCAGUUCCAGUGACCAAUGUUCAGAUCCCUACAAUCACAAAAAAGAACGGAACUAACUGCACCACUGAUGCCGUUGGUGGUGCUGGAAAUCUGGUGAACUCCCUGCUGGGGGCGCUAAGCGGAGGCUCCACGGGGAACUUGUUGAAUGGUAUAACGGGAUUAACGGGAAAUGUGUUAAAUGAUCUUACAGGGGGAAACACGAACGGGGCGCUUAAUGUUCUGGGGAGCUUGUUGAACAGUAACCCAGUAGGCGGUGUCUUGAACACCGCAACAGGAACAACUGGGAACCUAUUGAACACAGUAAUAGGACUGUUGGGUGGAGGGGCGACCGGAAGCAGCACCGGGAACGUAGUCAAUACAUUGACUGGAACAGCUGGGAACCUAUUGAACACAGCAACGGGUCUGUUGGGUGGUGGGGCGACUGGAAGCAGCACCGGGAACGUAGUCAAUACAUUGACUGGAACAGCUGGGAACCUAUUGAACACAGCAACAGGCCUGUUGGGUGGUGGGGCGACCGGAAGCGACACCGGGAACGUUGUCAACACAGUGUCUGGAGCGCUUGGAAACCUGUUAAAUGGUAACCCUGUGGGAAGCGUGGUGAACACCGCGACGGGUACAGCUGGGGACCUAUUGAACACAGUGACAGGUCUGUUGGGUGGUGGGGGCACCGGGGGCAGCACGGGAAACGUGGUCAACACGGUAACAGGGGCAUUGUCUGGUCUGUUAGGAAGCGGUGCGACUGGCUCUCUCACCAACUCUCAAGCCUCCGGGUUGCUUGGAACAUCGCUUGGUGGACAGACUUCAACCAACACCGGCACAGCUGCAACGUCCAGUGGUGGACUCUUGGGCGGACUCACUGGAGGUCUGACCGGCGGCCUCACGGCAACAACCAACACGGGAACUCAAACUGCAGCAACAAAUAAUCUUCUGGGUUCACAAGGUGGGCUCUUAAGCCUACUUGGAAAGUAAUGUUUGAUAGUCAACGUCUUGUAUUCUAAAUUAAAAAAAAACAAUAAACAGAUAUUUUUACCUGUUA